AGAAUGAUGUGGUUGUCACUUGUCACUGUAAACAGCUUCAGAAGGGUCCCGUGGAUUUUCACCAACAAGGCAUUAGCUGACUCACCUCUGGGCCUGCUGCACAGAACUUUAUUUAAGAAAUUCUGCACAAAUGAAGUACAUAUUGGUGACUGGGGGAGUCAUUUCAGGAAUUGGCAAAGGAAUCAUAGCAAGCAGUAUUGGCACCAUCUUAAAGUCCUGCGGACUGCGAGUAACUGCAAUUAAAAUCGACCCUUAUAUCAAUAUUGAUGCUGGAACAUUUUCACCGUAUGAGCAUGGAGAGGUUUUUGUGCUGGAUGAUGGUGGUGAAGUUGACUUGGAUUUGGGAAAUUAUGAGAGAUUUUUAGAUAUCAGCCUUUACAAAGACAACAAUAUCACCACAGGGAAGAUUUACCAGCAUGUAAUCAACAAGGAACGCCAUGGAGAUUACCUGGGGAAAACCGUACAAGUGGUUCCACACAUUACAGAUGCCAUCCAGGAAUGGGUAAUGAAUCAAGCAAAGGUUCCUGUGGACAGAGAUCAACAAGAACCACAAAUAUGUGUGAUUGAGUUAGGUGGCACGAUUGGAGACAUUGAAGGAAUGCCAUUUAUUGAAGCUUUCAGGCAGUUUCAGUUCAAGGCAACGAGAGAGAAUUUCUGCAACAUACACGUCAGCCUAGUGCCGCAGCCAACUGCUACAGGUGAACAGAAAACAAAACCAACACAGAAUAGCGUUCGUGCACUAAGAGGUCUUGGCUUAUCUCCUGACUUGAUUGCAUGCCGUAGCACCAAACCUCUUGAGAUGGCUGUGAAACAGAAGAUUUCUAUGUUUUGCCAUGUGGAACCAGAGCAGGUGCUUUUCAUUCACGAUGUAUCGUCAACAUACCGAGUCCCUAUUCUUUUAGAAGAACAAGGAAUAAUCCAGUAUUUUAAGCAUAGGCUAAACCUUCCAAUCGAUGAUCAACCAAGUGAGCAGCUUUUGAAAUGGAAAAGAAUGGCUGACAGGUAUGAAAGACUGUUGCAGACCUGCUCCAUUGCACUAGUCGGCAAGUACACAAAACUGAGUGACUGCUAUACAUCUGUUUUUAAAGCCCUAGAGCAUUCCGCAUUGGCUAUAAACCACAAGCUGAAUUUAAUGUACAUAGACUCAACAGAACUGGAACCUGCAACAAAAGUAGAAGAUCCUGUGAAAUACCACAUGGCCUGGGAAAAAUUAUGCAAAGCCGAGGGUAUUUUAGUUCCCGGUGGUUUUGGAAUACGAGGGACAGAUGGUAAACUUCAGGCAAUAACAUGGGCUAGAGAAAGAAAAAUACCUUUCCUUGGAGUCUGCUUGGGAAUGCAGUUAGCAGUGGUGGAAUAUGCAAGAGAGGUUCUGAAGUGGAAAGAUGCAAACUCAACAGAAUUUGACUCAAAUACAAAAAAUCCAGUGGUUAUCGAUAUGCCUGAACAUCAUCCAGGAGACAUGGGAGGAACUAUGCGACUGGGAAAAAGAAAGACUUUGUUUAAAAAAAAGGAAUCCAUCCUAAGGAUGCUCUAUGGUAAUGUCGAUUUUGUUGAAGAAAGGCAUAGACAUCGAUAUGAGGUAAAUCCAGAGCUUGCUCACCAGUUUGAAGUAAAAGGUUUGAAGUUUGUUGGACAUGACACCGAGGGACAAAGAAUGGAAGUAAUUGAGCUUGAAGAUCACCCAUAUUUUGUUGGUGUGCAAUUCCAUCCAGAGUUCUCCUCAAGGCCAAUGAAGCCUUCUCCUGCAUAUCUUGGACUAAUGUUGGCAGCAUCUGGGAAACUGGCUUCUUACCUGCAAAGUGGAUGCAAAUUAUCUCCAAGGAACAGUUACAGUGACCUCAGCGAAGAAAAUUUCUCUGAUAAUUAGCGUCACUUGUUGAAUAGGACUGAAAACAAGUUAUUUAAAGAAGAUGAAGUUUAUGCAGGAUUUGUGGCUGAGGAUCCAUAUUCUUUCUAUAUUUGUCUAUAUAGCCACACUUCAUUCUUCCAAUGAUUUUACUAAAAACAUAUAUUCAAUUAUUGCUUAAUAUUGACCUCUGGGAGCAGAAGAUUAAAGACUAGGAGCGCUCAGUUUAUUUGAGAAAAAAAUAAGUCAAAGCAAGAAGGAGCAUGUUUGUUUCAGCCAAUAGUAGCUGGUAAUGUGAGAUGAGACUCCAAAUUAAUGCAUCAGAUAGAUUUUAUGCAGCACAUUGCAACCGCUCAUCAUUUUUCCAACUGAACAAAACUGCUGAAUUGUUAAACUCAUAUUCCCAGUCCUCUGCUACACAAGGCAUUGAUUGGGUUUUAGACUAUGAAUUAUGUAUUGUAAGUCAUAUUUGUGAGAAAUAAAAACUUUAUAAACAUUG